UGCACACGUUUUCCAAUUUGCAGCUGACCCCAUGUCAAUGGCCACAAUGCAGCUGCAGUCAAUGGACGUGGCGGAGCUGGAGCUGGAAACGCCCCCGUUGCCCAUACAUCCACCGCCCAACAUUCCUGUCAGCGGCAUUGUCUAUGGCUUUCGCACACGCCACUUGUCCUGCAUCGAGGAGAAUGACUCCGAUUCCCUGCACGGCUCGUCGAUACCGCGUGCCUAUGAUCUCAUGCAGCAGGCAGAUGAGACGUUUCAAAAGCUAAACGCUGGGAAAAACUACGCAACGGAGGAGGAGGAGGAGGACGAGGAGGGCGAUGACGAUGAGGAUGAGGUGCACACGGAUGAGGAAGAGGAUGUGCCGGACACCAUUGCCAUGAUCGAUGAGUCGCGCUUGUGUGAUGCCGACUAUCUGGACGAGCUGAUUGCUGAGGAGCAGCAUGAGGCUGCAAACGCUGAGCUGGCCGACUCUGGCAAUGCGGAGGAAGACUUUUGGCAGCCCAGGUUCAAUCGCAACGACAUUAUGAUGACUUCGUGCUAUGGCACAUUGAACAGCUCCUUUGGCAGUGAGAUGUCCACUCCAGCAGCCACGCCUAAGAAGGCGCCAGAGCCGCUGUAUGCGACGCCCGAGAAACGUCGCAAAAACAAUCGCAGCUUCGACUCCACCUGCGCCUCGCAGACCAGCUCCAUUUAUGGCGGCUCCAUGAACUCCUCAUUAGAGCUCAACUACAUAAUGAGCUCGGCGAGCACGUUGCGUGGCGCCUCUGUGCCGCCCAUGGAUCUAUCCCUGCUAUCGAACGAUGGCAUCAGCGCCCUCGACUGGGGCUCCGCCAGUGUGACAUGCGUCUUGGACACUGGCCAUGGCAAUCCCGCCGAGGAGCUUGACGAGGAGACGGCAGCGAAGUGCCUCAGUGCAGCGGAGAGCGAUCUUCAAUCGAUUCGACGGCUCUUGGAACAUGAUGCCAGCGGCUCGGUUUGCCCCUCGUGCCGCAUUUCCUUCGAUAAGGGCAAGCGACGGAAACUGAUCGACACCUGCGGACACGAACGCUGUUAUUCCUGUAUGUUCCGCAACGAUCAGUGCCCCAUGUGCAUGAACAGUUCGCUGAAAGAUGUUGAUGGCGCCAAUGCUCAGGGCUAUGACACCGGCAUCGGGGGCUCCACAUCGACGAUCGUCAGUCCGUUGGGCUCACCUCAGCCGCAGCUGAGAUCACAUGCGCAGCGGAAUGCAGCUUUAGCACGUUAUAUGCAGCAGCAUCGUCAGGAGUCGCAGUCGCCGGAUUAUCACCGUUAUGCGAGCAUUGGCAAAUUGCCUCGUGCAACAACCAAUGGCAACGGCAAUGGCAAUGGCUUUGUGGGCAACACACACACCGUCACCGUCGACAUACAUCAGCACAAUGGCCCGGCCAAGCAACAGCCGACAAACAACAGCAACAACAACAAUCUACACUUGCCAUACAACGAUCUGAAUGGAAUGGCUCCGGCAUUUGCAACGCCGCCAACGCGUCGGCGUUUCUUUAACCACAAGAAUCUACGCAGCGCCCUCACGGGUCAUCGACGCACUGCCUCCAAUGGGGGUUAUCCGCUUGACACAGCUUCAAUGCUAUCGGGAGAUCAUCAUCGUUCGCAUCAUCAUCAAACCAGCGGCAAGGAGUCGAAUGCUCUGAACACCUCAACUUGCUCGGACUCAGCAGUGACGCGUCGUCGACGCAAAAACUUCAGCAAUAACAAUUUGAAGUCAUCCGCGGAGCAUGGAGCCAACAGCGAGAAUCGCUUGAAUCGCCUCAGCUUGGCGGGCACCUCGAUCAAAUCUCUAAUCAAAUCGCUUUGGAGUGUCAAUUCCUCCAAUUCAAGCGAUGCAGGACUCAAUCAAUUAGCAGGCAGCGACACCUUGGGCAUCGAACACCAUCCGCAGUCGUUGCUGAACUUGAAGCAGCAGAAGGAUCAGCUGCGUGCCCGUCUUGGCCUGCUGUUCAAUGACAACAGCAACGGCAACAACGUCAACGUCAAUGUCAACAACAACAGCAACACGAAUACAACCACCAGCAGCAGCAGCAGCAGCAGCGAUCACAAUGGCAACUCGACGCUGCACUCGACGAGCAUCUCGAGCAGCGCAGGAGUUGGCAGCAGCACCAGCAACAGCAACAGCAAUAGCAUCAGCAACAGCAGCAACAUCUGCACAACGGGCAACAGCAGCAGCUCCUCGCAGCUGAUCAGCCCGGAGCAGACGCUGGCCAGCGCCGGCCUCAGCGGCAGUCAGCUGUCGGUGGCCACGUCGCACAAGGACGACACGCUGAGCCUGUGCAGCAAGUUCAGCAAGAUGGGCUGCACCAUGCAGGAGCAUGCCUACGAGCCGUUGGCGCUGCCCGGCAAGUCACGCAAGGGAGCCACUCGCCGUUCCACGCGCGCUCAGCAGCUGCCGGCCAGCUUGGGCGCUGGAGCAUCGACUACAGCGGGCGCUGUCAACAAGCGAGCAGCAGCAGCCGCCGCGUUGGCUGCAGUGCAGCUGGCCUUGAAGCCGCUGUUCUUCGAGGUGCCGUUGCAGGAGCCCGAUCCGCCGUAUGUGGGCCGCCAGUGGCUGGUGCAGCAGCUGUCCAACAUCCUGCUGGGCACUGACACACGCGUGGUGCUCAUCAAUGGCCAGCCGGGCACGGGAAAGACGGCCUUCUGCCUGCAGCUGGUGGAGUACUCCUGCUUCGGCCGGCGACAGAUGCAGGCGCAGCAGCAGGAGGACGCGGACGCCAUCUACAGCCAGCUGGGCGCCCAGAAUGAGCGCAUGCGCGGCCUGGCCUCCCACAUGGUGGGCUACCACUUCUGCCAGGCGGACGCCAAUCUCACCUGCCAGGUGCCGGACUUUGUGCACUCGCUGGCCGCGCAGCUCUGCCAGGCGCCGCAGCUGACAGCGUACCGUGACUACCUGCUCUCGGAGCCGCAUCUACAGGAUAUCCUGAGCGUGCGCGAGUGCAUCGCGGAUGCGGAGCGAGUCAUGCGAUUGGCCAUACUGGAGCCACUGGCGCAGCUGCAUCGUGCCGGCAAGAUCCCAGCCAAGGUGGCCGUCAUAUUGGUGGAUGCACUGUGCGAGGCGGAGUACCAUCGUCCGGAUCAUGGACACACCAUUGCCAGCUUCCUGGCACAGAUGUCGCCACAUUUCCCACCCUGGCUGAAGCUAGUCGCCACGGUGCGCACCCAGAUGCUGGAGCUGGUCAAGGCGCCCAGCUACACCCAACUCACGCUGGACAGCUGGGCCAGCAGCCAGGCCCUGCAGCAGGACAUGCUGGACUACAUCAAUACGCGCAUCGCCCACUGCCCGGAGAUCCAGCACAACAUCGGCGGACAGGUGGCCCAGUCGCAGGCGAAGUUCGUCUCGCAUCUGCAGUCGCUGAGUCGCGGGUCCAUGCUGUACGCCAAGCUCAUACUGGACCUGAUCUCGCGUGGCCAACUGGUGGUCAAGUCAUCUAGCUACAAGGUGCUGCCCGUGUCCCUCGCCCAGAUCUUCCUACUUCACUUCAACUUGCGUUUUCCCACGGCGCAGAGCUUCGAGCAGACGUCGCCCAUACUCAACGUUUGCCUGGCCGCACUUUAUCCUCUGACGCUGGACGAGAUCUACUACAGCAUGGAGGCACUGCACCAUGGCCAAGAGCCGCUCAGCUGGUCGCAGUUCAUACAGCGCUUCAAGCUCCUGGACGGCUUCCUCAUUAAGCGCCUGGACAACACCUACAUGUUCUUCCACAGCUCGCUGCGGGAGUGGCUCAUGCGCCGGGACGAGGGCGAGUCCAGCAAAUUCCUCUGCGACGCACGACUCGGUCAUGCCGGCAUUGCCUUCCGGCUGUCCCGCCUCCAGGCGCCGCUCCAACCACAACUGACACUGGAGCUGGGCCAUCACAUGCUCAAGGCGCAUCUCUACAGCAACAGCCAAGCGGCGCUCUCGCCUCGGGAUUUGCAAUCCUAUUGGCUGGCCGGCGCAGCGGACAACAUCUCGGCUGCCCUGGGUGCCCUGCGCAAUGUCUACAGUCCCAAUGUGAAGGUAUCGCGGCUGGUGCUGCUCGCCGGCGCCUCGCCAGACCAUCGCACCGACUACAUGGGCGACGCGCCCAUUUUGUGCAUUGCCGCCCACGAGGGCAUCCUGCCCAUGGUCAGUCUGCUGCUGGAGUUUGGCGCGGAUGUGGGUCUGACCAAUAGCCAGGGCUGUACGCCGCUCAUCCUGGCCGCCAUGCGGGGGCACUGUGAUGUGGUGCGCCGACUGGUGGCCGCCGGCAGCAGCCUCGGUCAGCUGGACACCACGCAACGCUGCGCCCUGGUGCAUGCCGCCCGCAUGGGCCACCUCAGCGUGGUCCAAUAUCUGUUGGCCUGCGAUUGGUCGCCGCGAGCCCGCUCCCAGGACGUGGGCCGUUCCUUGGCACUGCAGCAGGCUCUCAUUGGCGCCGCUGCGCAGGCGCAUGUCAAAAUACUCGAGGAUCUGUUGGAUCUCAACGAACACGAGCUGGACGACCUCAGCGUCAAUGUGAACGGCCUGGAGCCGAGCAGCGGCGAGCUGGCCCUCACGGCAGCUGCUCGGCACGGCUGCGUGGACGCAGUCAACAUUCUGAUGUCCCGCGGAGCGCAAAUCGAUGCCAGGAAUCGUCAGGGCUAUACGGCGCUGUGGCUGGCCGUCAAGGAGGGCCACUGGAGCGUGGUGGAGCAGCUGCUGCAGCGCGGCGCCCUGCUGGACGAGCCGUUGGGGCAGGCGCGCAAGACGCCGCUCAUGAUCGCCGCCGAGGAGGGGCAUCUGGAAUUGCUGGAGCUGCUGCUGGCACGUGGCGCUGCCCUGGAGGCCGAGGAUCACGAGGGAUUCACGGCAUUCAGCUGGGCGUGCCUACGCGGCCAUCUGGCGGCGGCCAAGUGCCUUAUUGAGCACGGCUGCAAUCGGCAGCACGAAGAUCACAAGGGACGCACAGCGCUCGACCUGGCCGCCUAUCAAGGCGCCGCCAGCCUGGUGCUGUACCUGCUGGAGCAGGGCGCCAAUCUGGAGCACAUCGAUGUGCAUGGCAUGCGUCCGCUGGACCGGUCCAUAGCCUGCCGUAACAUACAGGCGGUACAGGUGUUUUUACGCAAGGGCGCUAAGCUGGGCCCCACCACCUGGAGCAUGGCCAUGGGCAAGCCGGAGAUCCUGGUGGUCCUGCUCAACAAGUUGCUGGAGGAUGGCAAUGUGCUGUACCGGAAGAAUCGCUUCCAGGACGCCGCGCAUCGCUACCAAUAUGCGCUGCGUAAGAUCUCUGGCCUGGAGCAGCUGCUCGAACGGAAUGCGGUCUUCGCCCAGCUGCGGACCAACCUGUUGCUGAAUCUGUCGCGUUGCAAGCGAAAACUGAAUGAACUUGACGCCUCCAUAGAUUUGGCCACGCAAGCCAUACUGCAGAAGCCGCACAGCUACGAGGGCUACUAUGCCCGGGCCAAGGCGCGCAUGGAGCUGGGCGCUCUCAAUGAGGCGCUGGUCGAUGCCAACGAGGCCAUGCAGCAGGCGGCUCAAAGCGGCGUCCUCUGCGAAGUCGUAGAAGUCCUCAAGCGCAUCCAGGCCGAGCUGCUGACGCGCAUCACCAGUGAGGAUAACAAGCUGUCCGGUUAUGGAACUGGUGCAGGAGCAGGAGCCGGCGCGGGAGCAGCUGGCGCCUGUGCCGUCUACGAAUCUCAGCAAGAGAUGACCGAUUUGUAAAUGUCCUUUGUUGUUGUAUCGCAUUCGAAUCACAAUCUUAACUUAAUAAUAGUUCUUAACUAUUUACUAUUUAUUGCUAUUUGGAAGUUUUAUUAAUUUAAACAAAAAUGUACUUUUUAUCAUUCUUUUUCUCUUAAAGCAUGUAAAAACUAGUUGUAAUAAACAUAUAUUGUUUAAGUUUA